AUGCCACUUGGUAAAUUAGAUCUAGUCGAAGAGGAAUAUAUUGUCGAAAGUGGGGAUCAUACACCAGAGUCAUCCCGACGCGGGGAUACAAUGGAUGCUGUUAUUGAAACGAAUGGACUUUCCAAUGGAGAAUUGAAAACCCAAAAAAACGAACCUAGAGUUCCUGAUAUGCAGUUAGGAAAAUGCCGGUAUGUAAGACUACAUGACAAUGUCAAUUAUGUUGCUGCGGCUAUAAUUUUGAGGCAUCAGGGAGACGACACAGAGGUUCUUCUCAUCCAAGAAGCGAAGAAAAGCUGUCGUGGGAAGUGGUAUAUGCCGGCCGGAAGAGUGGAAGCUGGAGAAACCAUUGAGGAAGCGGUGGUUAGAGAAGUGAAAGAAGAGACUGGGUACAGUUGUGAUGUGAUUGAACUUCUAUCCCUACAAAUCCAAGGAUCAGGAUGGUAUCGAUUUGCGUUUUAUUGUGAAAUAACAGGCGGAGACCUAAAAACGCAACCGGAUCAGGAAUCAUUGGCAGCCGAAUGGUACAAUCUUAAAGAUGUGAAAGGAAACAAAGUUCAGCUCAGAGGAAGAGAUUUUAUCAGACUUCUUGACGAAGCUGCUAAAUACCGAAGUGAUGGACAUCUGAAAUCGAUUCCACGUGUCUUGCCAGUCAAUGAAAAUGUUUCCGGACUUCGCACAGAAGUAUUGGUUCACAAAUCAAUAAAAGAUGAAAAAGAUUUGUUGGAUGAAGAACAGCCAUUCCCAACAGUUGAGUUUGGAUUUGAAUACUUUUUCGCCAUGGUGGUAUCAAAAUGUUAUAGGCAUCUUUUGGAGGAAGGAGCUAAUGUGGUAUUCACACCGUCACAUGUAACAAGGAUAAAAUGCCAUCCGAAACCAAUGGAAAGUUUGGCUCACGGUAUUUCAGUUCGAGUUUACUGCCAACACAAACAAUCGACAACCAAAGCUAUUAUCAGGAGCCCUAGAUAUCACUGGAUUACUGUCGAAACACUGGAGACACGCCGCAAGUUUCAUAUGGAACAGACGCAGUUUAGACCAUCUUUACACAUGCUAUGA